AAUCGACGACUUCUGAAUGAAAAUGAACAGCAAUAUUUGUAUCAUAGAUCAUUUAUUUGGGAAUAACUGUACUUAUUUCCUUGUCCAGGAUGGAAACAUUACGUUUCGUAAUUUAUCUAAAUCGUUCUGUUCUUCUAAACCGGACUUUCCAGAAGAUGAUGUUUAUUUGACAAGUAAUGGAAAAGUGAUCCAUUUUGAUGAUAUUCUACAAUCUGGUAGAGUGUACCAUGUCAUCCCAAGGCUACUGGGGGGCAAAGGAGGGUUUGGUUCCAUGCUGCGUGCCAUUGGAGCCCAGAUUGAGAAAACCACCAACCACGAAGCAUGUCGAGACUUGAGUGGAAGGCGUAUGAGAGAUGUUAAUAACGAAAAACAGUUAAAGGAAUGGAUUGGAAAGAAAGCUCAAAAGGAGAAGGAAGAGGAAGAAAAAAGACAGGAGAGACUGGCCAAAAGACGAGCUAUGCCGAAUCAUAAAUUUGAUGAUCCACAGUACGAUCAACAAAAAAAUCUGGUUGCUGAAAAUUUAGAGAAUGCUCUGCAAAAAGGGUUGCAAAAGGCACAAACUUUGUCAGGUCCAUCACACAGUCUUGGAGCAGCCCCAGUUUCCUCCAGUUCCUCUGGGUGUCGGAAAAGGACGGCAGAAUCACAUCCACACAAAUCGGCUAAAGUGAAAAAAGCCACAGAGUGGCUUGGUAUUGACAUGGAAGAUCUGAGUGAUAGUGAUCCAGAUGGAGAUGAUAUGUCUUGUACAAUGUCAAGAAAGGUGUCCCAAGAUUCCAGAUCAAACAACAGUGAUACACAAUGUAAAGACAAUGGUGAACAGGAAACAGAUGCUAUAAAGCACUCACCUGAAAGUGAUUUUAACUGUACAGAAAAUGACACAAACAAGAAUUCAGAGGAUUCAAACACCGGAAAGACUGACACAGUAAAAGACAGUAAUUCAAGUAGCAGUAAAAACAGCCUGCUAAAAGCAUUAGGGGAAGUUCCACCAAAACACAAAGAAGCAUUGCAGCAGGAGAAGGAAUCAGAGCAAGACGAACCAUUGGAUCUUGACAGUAUUUCAUCUGUUCAGGAGCUUGAGGCUUUAAGUCUGGACAAGUUGAAGAAGGAGUUGAUGGCCAGAGGAAUGAAAUGUGGGGGGACACUACAGCAACGUGCCGAGAGACUGUACAGUGUACGAGGGUUGACCCCUGAUCAGAUCAAGCCUUCUCUGCUGGCUAAACGAAACUGAGUGAACUUUAAGAAUAAAAAGGAAAAUUAUAUUAAUAAAAGGAAGACCUUAAGGCUUGCAAAGUGACUUUCAUUGAUCAGCUGGCUAUAAAUGAAUAGUUCACAUAUGUUUGUAUUCUCUGUUACACCAGGGUAUGGAGCAACUGACCACAGUGUAAACACAUAUGCUUUCUGUUGUUUAAGUUGUUCAGUCAACUUGUGCAAAAUUACAUAAGUUUGAUUUCAGGUUAUGGAGAUAAAAGAGUCAGAUCCAAGAAUUCGUCUCAUUCAUUUAUCAAUCCCUUAUCAACAGUGGUUGGGAAUGCAGUAUGAACAUUUUAUGACUUUCAUUGUAACCGAUACUGAAUGAAGGUGUCGCUACAAUGUCAAUUUAUUAUAAUUGAUGUUUUCAUUAUUUUUCCCCGCGAUAUUGUAAGGCCUAUUGGAUAAGGACUGGUUGGAAAAAUGAUGAGAAUUUUGUUCAGUGAUGUAACUUCAGGAAUAUUUGUAAUUCCUCCAUUCCUUCUCAAAUGUACAUUAUUCUGACUGUGAUGUAUACGUGUAUGAUUUAAAUGAAAAUAUUUCUAAACAUUUUCUUUGUACAAAAGCUCUGAAAUUAAAUAGACAUUGAAAGUACAUUGGUUUAGAAAUCAAUGUUAAAUAUAUAAGCUUGUGGAUUCAGUCAUAUAUGCACGGAUAAACAUCUGGUGUGAGAUGAAAUGUAAAUAAAAAUAAAAAUUGUUCAGUCUAAUUGAA